CAUGACCAGCGACCUCCCUUCAGGAAAAGACAAAUAUACAACUGCUGGUACUUCCUCCCUCCUCCUCCUUCAGUGUGCACUUCCCCUUUAAAGUAUCUGAGAGGAACAGCCUCACACUUGGCUGCUCGCUCUGUCUCUCUUGUAGUUUGUGGGUGUCUUGACUGAAAGGAUAAAGAAGAAGAAAGAAGAAGCUCCUCUAGUUUAUGGUGGAGACUGCACCUUGUUAAUGCUUAUGCAGGUGAUUGUGAUAAGCAGAGGAACAGGCUUGAAGUUAACGGGAGAGGGAAGCUGUAUUUUAUUUGCAUUUCCUUUGUCAAUGGAUACAUGACUGGAUUGUUCAUCCCUAAAAGUUUCUUUCACAAAAAAGGGUAGCUGUACCUUGAUGGGACUGGAUCUGGGCUGCAAAUGGGACCGAGUCUGCAGAUUUCACAUAUGAUGGGCAUCUCUGCGCUGGUCUCUGAGGAGCAGCUCAUCUAUGCCAUCACCAUCCCGCUGUCGACCUCCAUCAUCCUGGCCAAUCUCGUCAUCAUCUUUGGCAUCACCUGGAACCGCCAGCUCCAAAACACGCCCAACUACUUCUUCCUAAGCCUGCUAGUGGCAGAUUUGUGCACGGGCGUGGCGCUGCCUUUCAUACCAUUAAUGGGUCUGAACCGGGAGUUAAGUUUUUGCUCCUGCCUGGUGGCUCACGUUUUCCCAAACUUCCUCUUCCUGGCGUUCCUUUUCAACCUGGUAAUGGUACACUAUGAGCGCUACAUUUGCAUCGUCGACCCCCUGCAUUACAAUAACUUGUGGAUGCAUCGCAGUUUUCCUCUAGCGUUGCUUGUGGUGUGGGCACCGCCACUCCUGUUCGCAGCUCUACCUGCCUUUGGUUGGAAUAACUGGACAGGAGCAGAUUGGAACGACUGUUGUGCAAGUAGCCAAAAUAAAACAGCACUUUCCAGCUGUUCAACAAACGGAACCACCUGCUGCUCGUACAGGCGAGUAUUUCCCAACGCGUUUAUCUACUUGGAGGUGUAUGGAGUCGUCUUACCUGCUAUUCUUACCAUUGCCGGCAUGACUGGCCACGUGUUAUGGAUCACCCGAGGCCAGCUGAAGGACAUUUGUCGUCUCCACCGUUCAGUAGAGCGGGGAGCUCAAGCCUCAGACUGUGAGCAGAGGAUGAACCUGCGGUACACUCGCUGCGUGGUGGCAGUGUCUCUGACGUUCCUCGCAUGCUGGGUUCCCUACCUCAUUUACAUGCACGUCUGCAUAGUGUUCUUGAUCAGCGACACCAAGUGGAGCUCCACCACUCACAUCGUGCUGUCGUGCACCGGUAUCGGAAGCAUGGCAGUGGUGCCGCUGGUGCUUGGCCUAGCUAACAGGCAGUAUACAGAACCUGCAUUUAAACUUCUCCAGAAACUCCGAGACAGAUGGAGGCGAAGGACGCAGGGAUCAGAGGAGGUGGCAGUCUGAGGAAAUACUGAUGAAUAUCAAUAUUUAUGAAGAUAAUUGUUGAUGAACUGCACAGCCACAGUAAUUGGAUCAAGGCCACAAGGAUGAAAUAUUGCAUUACAGCAGAAAAACACAUUUGCAUUGAUUCUUUUACAAUUUAUUUAUCAAUGUUCCCAAAAAAAGCAACCUAUUGUUUGAAAUAUUAUUUCUGUCUGUAGCUGUCUAUUUCUGAAGGUUUACCAUUACAUUGAGAUAAUUAAGCUGACAAUAACAAUAAUGAAUUUGGAGACAAAAUUGAGGACAAUUUUUAAACCAAACAUUAUUUCAAACAAGAUAAAGAUUAAUAUUACUGGGGUAAGUACCCUCAUGGUUCCAGAUGGCACUUUAACCAUUGUGAAAUUACAGGAUAUGUCUGUAAUAGACUUACAUUGACUUUUUGCAGGCCUAGCCAAAAGACAUAAUCAGCACCAACCUUAAGCUGACGUUACUGUACAACAGCACCAUUUGAUGAGCUGGUACAGGGUCUUGACCUCCUGAUGGCUUUAAUUUAAGUCUGUUGUCAUAUUGGUUUUCAAAUAGGCCUUUAUGUUGGUGUCAACGGAUUUGCAUUUUCAAAUUGCACACUGAGCUGAUAAAAAAAUAAAGCUCUGGAAAGGUUUAAA